AUAAACGCUGGACAGACGAGGGGGAGGACAGGACCGUACAAAAUACAGAAAACAACAAUAACAACACGCCCAAAGCUGACAGUGACAUUUGUGUUCACGCGGAAAAUCGCCAAAGAAAGGAAAGGAUUUCGUGUCGCUUCCUUCCCUGCCUGCCGACCGAACCCGUCUCUCUUUCAGCGGAUACACACCAGGUGCUGUGUGUGGAAACUUAAAACUGCCCAGUGCUGGAUCCUGAAGUGUCUGAUAGAGAAGUAAGGACUGAAGAGAAGAAAGAGGGUGCAUGGAGUGCUCAAGGCUGGUUAAACUGGGGACGUCCACCUCUCCCUGGUUGGGCCUGUUUAUUGCAGCAGCUACAUUGCUAUGUGCAGAGGCUCGAACCACCCCCAGCCCAGUUCCGGCAGCAAACAAUGCCACGUGUGAAGGGACAUCGGAGUGCAAACCAGGCAUUAUUCUGCCAAUUUGGUACCCUGAGGACCCAUCCAUGGGUGAUAAGAUUGCACGGGUAAUAGUAUACUUUGUUGCAAUGAUCUACAUGUUCCUUGGUGUGUCCAUCAUUGCUGACCGUUUCAUGGCAGCCAUUGAAGUCAUCACCUCUCAAGAAAAGGAAAUUAUCAUUAAAAGGUCCAAUGGAGAGACAACCACCACCACCAUUCGGAUAUGGAAUGAAACAGUUUCCAAUCUUACCCUCAUGGCACUGGGUUCCUCAGCACCAGAGAUCUUGCUGUCAGUCAUUGAGGUUUGUGGUCACAACUUCAAGGCUGGGGAGCUGGGGCCCUCCACUAUUGUAGGCAGCGCAGCUUUCAACAUGUUUGUCAUCAUUGGACUUUGUGUGUUUGUCAUUCCUGACGGAGAGACACGGAAGGUUAAGCACUUGCGUGUCUUCUUUGUCACAGCAGCCUGGAGCAUCUUUGCUUAUAUAUGGCUCUACAUGAUCCUAGCUGUUUUCUCACCCAAUGUGGUCCAGGUCUGGGAGGGUCUUCUCACCCUUGCGUUCUUUCCCAUCUGUGUCAUCCUUGCCUGGGUGGCUGACCGCCGCUUACUCUUCUAUAAGUUCAUGCACAAGAAGUAUCGGACAGACAAGCAUCGGGGUGUCAUCAUUGAGACUGAAGGUGAGCGAUCCAAAGGCAUUGAGAUGGAUGGGAAAAUGGUGAACUCGCACUUUGUGGAUGGCACUGCCAGUAAUCUCAUUGGAUUGAUGGAGGGUAAAGAGGUAGAUGAGUCCAGACGAGACAUGAUCCGCAUCCUGAAGGACCUGAAGCAGAAGCAUCCCGAGAAAGACUUAGACCAGCUGGUAGAAAUGGCCAACUACUAUGCUCUUUCUCACCAGCAGAAGAGCCGUGCUUUCUACCGAAUCCAGGCCACACGGAUGAUGACUGGGGCUGGAAACAUCUUAAAGAAACAUGUGGCAGAGCAAGCUAAGAGAAGCAACAGUGUGCAGGAGGUGCGUAUUGAGGAGCCAGAGGAAUUUGUCUCCAAGAUCUUUUUUGAGCCCUGUGCCUAUCAGUGCUUGGAGAACUGUGGUGCUGCUCUGUUGACUAUUGUAAGGAAAGGGGGCGACAUCUCCAAGACCGUGUAUGUGGAUUACAAGAGUGAAGAUGGCUCUGCCAAUGCUGGUGCAGACUAUGAGUUCACAGAAGGGACAGUAGUGUUCAAGCCAGGUGAGAUGCAGAAGGAGAUCAGCAUUGGGAUCAUUGAUGAUGACAUCUUUGAAGAGGAUGAGCACUUCUUUGUGCGACUCAGCAACGUUCGUGUUCUGGAGACAGAUGAUCUGCUGUCACCCGGUAGUCUGCCAUUCCCCAAAGCUGUACUGGGCUUCCCUGCUGUUGCCACAAUCACUAUCCUCGAUGAUGACCACGCUGGUAUCUUCACUUUCGAGAGUGAUUCAGUACAUGUAAGUGAGAGUGUAGGCAUCAUGGAAGUGAAGGUGCUGAGGACUUCUGGAGCUCGUGGCACUGUCAUUGUGCCUUACCGGACAGUAGAAGGGCUAGCGAAGGGUGGAGGAGAGGACUUUGAAGACACCUAUGGAGAACUGGAGUUUAAAAAUGAUGAGACGUGCAAAUCGAUUCAGGUGAAAAUCAUAGACGACGAGGAGUAUGAGAAAAACAAGAAUUUCUUCCUGGAGCUUGCUGAACCACGCAUGGUGGAUAUGAGUCUGCAGAAAGCUCUUUUGCUAGCAGAAGAAGUGCCUGAAAGGAAGCUGUCAGCUGAAGAAGAGGAAGCUAAGAGGAUUGCGGAGAUGGGCAAACCUGUGCUGGGGCAGCACCGCAAGCUGGAGGUCAUCAUCGAGGAGUCCUAUGAGUUUAAGAGCACAGUGGACAAGCUAAUCAAGAAGACCAAUCUGGCUCUUGUUGUGGGCACUCAUUCUUGGAGAGACCAGUUCAUGGAGGCGAUCACAGUCAGUGCAGGAGAUGAGGACGAGGAAGACUCGGGGGACGAACGCCUGCCCUCCUGCUUCGACUACGUCAUGCACUUCCUGACGGUCUUCUGGAAGGUUCUGUUUGCUUGUGUUCCGCCCACGGAGUACUGGAACGGUUGGGCCUGUUUCACUGUGUCCAUCGUCAUCGUCGGCCUGCUGACGGCGAUCAUCGGGGACUUGGCGUCCCACUUCGGCUGCACCAUCGGUCUGAAGGACUCUGUUACUGCCGUGGUGUUCGUGGCCCUCGGCACCUCGGUCCCUGACACCUUUGCCAGUAAGGUUGCCGCAGUGCAGGAUACGUAUGCGGACGCCUCCAUCGGGAACGUGACGGGCAGCAACGCCGUGAACGUGUUCCUGGGCAUCGGCGUGGCCUGGUCGGUGGCAGCCAUCUACUGGCACAUGCAAGGAAAGGAGUUUGUGGUGCCGGCCGGAUCGUUGGCCUUCUCCGUCACGCUCUUCACCAUCUUCGCCUUCCUGGCGGUGACCGUUCUCUUAUAUCGGCGCCGCGCCCACAUCGGGGGGGAGCUGGGCGGUCCCCGUGGACACAGACUAGCCACCACUGGCUUCUUCUUCAGCCUCUGGCUGCUCUACAUCCUCUUCUCUGGCCUGGAGGCAUACUGUCAUAUACAAGGCUUCUAGCCACUGGGAACAGCGGUCCUUUGAGACAGAGGUUCAAAGUACAACAUAGAAAAAAUACGAAGGAGGAUUUUCAACGUGGAAAGAGCUUGGGGGUGGAGCUGGGUUGUAAAGAGAGGGUGCUGGGUGGAGACUAGGAGCCUCUCCUCUCCGACAACCCCAUCGACACCCAGCACCGCGGAGGCCAUCGUUGGCAGGAGCCGGACGGACAGGGAGGAGCGUGCAGCAGCGAGCGGUGAGGCAGUGCCUUUCUCCCCCCGCGAUGAGGCAUGGGGAGGGCGGGGGGCUAGCUGUUCCAACUCGUGCCAAGUGUGGAGGAGAAACGGAUAUCGAGAAA